CCCGGCCCGGACCGAACCGAGGCUCCUGCCCGGCCCGCCCAGCCCAGCCCCCGCCCGGAGCCCGCGUCCCGGAGCCCGGAGCCCGGAGCCCGGAGCCCGGCGGCGGCGCUGCAGGGGCCCCCGGGGCCGCCCGCGCCGCCCUCUGCCGCCUCGCCUCGGCCCGCCCUCCCCGGGCGGCGGCCACCAUGUUCUCCUGCGUGAAGCCCUACGAGGAGCAGAACUACGCGGCGCUGAAGCGGGCCUGCCGGCGCCGGAAGGUGCUCUUCGAAGACCCCAACUUCCCCGCCACCGACGACUCGCUGUACUACAAGGGCAGCCCGGGGCCCGGCGUCCGGUGGAAGCGGCCCAAGGAGAUCUGCCAGGACCCCCGCCUCUUCGUGGACGGCAUCAGCUCUCAUGACCUGCACCAGGGCCAGGUGGGCAACUGCUGGUUUGUGGCAGCCUGCUCGUCGCUGGCCUCCCGAGAGUCGCUGUGGCAGAAGGUCAUCCCCGACUGGAAGGAGCAGGAGUGGGACCCCGAGAAGCCCGACGCCUACGCCGGCAUCUUCCACUUCCACUUCUGGCGCUUCGGGGAGUGGGUGGACGUGGUCAUCGACGACCGGCUGCCCACAGUCAACAACCAGCUCAUCUACUGCCACUCCAACUCCCCGAACGAGUUCUGGUGUGCCCUGGUGGAGAAGGCCUAUGCCAAGCUGGCGGGCUGCUACCAGGCCCUGGACGGCGGCAACACGGCGGACGCGCUGGUGGACUUCACGGGCGGCGUCUCCGAGCCCAUCGACCUGGCCGAGGGGGACUUCGCCAACGACGAGGCCAAGAGGAAUGCCCUCUUCGAGCGCAUGCUGAAGGUGCACAGCCGGGGUGGCCUCAUCAGCGCCUCCAUCAAGGCUGUGACGGCGGCGGACAUGGAGGUGCGCCUGGCGUGCGGCCUGGUGAAGGGCCACGCCUACGCCAUCACGGACGUGCGCAAGGUGCGCCUGGGCCACGGGCUGCUGGCCUUCUUCAAGUCCGAGAAGCUGGACAUGAUCCGCCUGCGCAACCCCUGGGGCGAGCGGGAGUGGACCGGGCCGUGGAGCGACACCUCGGAGGAGUGGCGGAAGGUGAGCAAGAGCGAGCGGGAAAAGAUGGGCGUGACCGUGCAGGACGACGGCGAGUUCUGGAUGACCUUCCAGGACGUGUGCCAGUACUUCACCGACAUCAUCAAGUGCCGCCUGCUCAACACGUCCUACCUGAGCAUCCACAAGACCUGGGAGGAGGCCCGGCUGCGCGGGGCCUGGACGCGGCACGAGGACCCGCGGCAGAACCGCAGCGGCGGCUGCAUCAACCACAAGGACACCUUCUUCCAGAACCCGCAGUACAUCUUUGAUGUCAAGAAGGCGGAAGAUGAGGUGCUGAUCUCCAUCCAGCAGCGGCCGAAGCAGUCCACCCGUCGGGACGGCAAGGGCGAAAACCUGGCCAUCGGCUUCGACAUCUACAAGGUGGAGGAGAACCGCCAGUUCCGCAUGCACAGCCUGCAGCACCGAGCCGCCAGCUCCAUCUACAUCAACUCCCGCAGCGUCUUCCUGCGCGCGGACCAGCGGGCGGGCCGCUACGUCAUCAUCCCCACCACCUUUGAGCCGGGCCACACGGGCGAGUUCCUGCUCCGCGUCUUCACCGACGUGCCCUCCAACUGCCGGGAGCUGUGCCUGGACGAGCCGGCCCGCUCUUGCUGGAGCUCCGUGUGCGGCUACCCGCAGCUGGUGACCCAGGUGCACGUCCUGGGGGCCGCUGGUCUCAAGGACGCCCCGACAGGGGCUAACUCCUACGUGAUCAUCAAGUGCGAGGGGCACAAGGUGCGCUCCGCCGUGCAGAAGGGCACCUCGGCGCCCGAGUACGACGUGAAAGGCGUCUUCUACCGCAAGAAGCCCGGCCAGCCCGUCACCGUCCAGAUCUGGAACCACCGCGUCCUGAAGGAUGAGUUCCUGGGCCAGGUGCAGCUGAAGGCCGACCCCGAUGACCUCCAGGCCCUGCACACCCUCCACCUCCGAGACCGGGACAGCCGGCAGCCCAGCGACCUGCCGGGCACCAUCGCCGUGCGCGUGCUCAGCAGCGCGGCCCUCACGGCCGUCUGAGGCCUGCCUGCCGCCCCGGCCCCCGCGGUUCUCACCGCCGCCUGCAUGUCCCCGGCCGGGAGCCAGCCCCGGAGCUAGGACACUGGGUCCUUUUCCCAACGUUCCCCUGCGAGAGCGCGCGCGCCGUGUGACCUGGGGAGGUCUCUGCCCUGCUCUGGGCCGCGGGGUCCCGGGGACCCCCGGCGUUCCUCUCUCACGGAGACGUCUUCUUGCCUGAGAUUCAAACGGCCCUCCCUUCCCCGGCUGUCCCCACCGCCGUUGGAAAUGUUUUCCCCAGGCCCUGCUGUCAGCCCACAGAGUGCCAAGGUGUCACUUGUUUACACACAAACUGCCACGCCCCCAAACCCCACUCCCGCCGCCUCCCCUGCCCCUGCUCCAGCGCCCCGGAUCCCUGACCCCGGGCGUCGCUGUCUCUGUCACUGAACUUGACUUUCUAGCCACCUCGAAAGGGCUCUUGGCCCUUCCUGGGUUCCUGCUCCGGCUGGAAUUUGAGAAACACGCAGGUGACAUUGGUUCAUUCUCGAAUUCCAUCCACCUGCCCACCCGUUCAUUCCUUCAACAGAGAUUUGCCAAGUGAGUAAGCGACCCCAGGAGACGCCAGGGGGAGCUGGGGCCCUGCCCCCAGCUCUGUGAGGCCCGGUGUCCGUGCUGGGCCGCAGCUCUGCUCCCAGGUCCCCUCUGGCAAGUGGUUGGCCGCCCGAGGGCUGCCGCUGCCGUCUCACCCCAGGUCGAUCUCAUCCCGGCCUCUGGUUAAGGCCCCCGGAGAAGUCCUAUCAGCGAUGGACAGGAAGGGCGUCUUCCUGGUCCCAGAGGCGUGCGUCCGGUCUGGUGGCCAGGGCCCAGGGGGGCAGGGAGGACACGUGGACUCGGGGAGAGUCAUGUGCUCAGGACCCCCUUUGCUGCGAGCACAGGGAUUUCCUGGGAGGCGGGGCUCCGGGGCGCUGGCGUCAGAGCUCGGCAGGAGAGGCAAACCCAGCACCAGGCCAGAGGCCGUCGCCCCCCAAAUGCAGCCCGGGGAGGCCACAGCCCUCUUCCUGCUGCCCAGACCAAAACGUUCCUUUCAGUCCUCAACAUUUUAUAUUCUCUCUGUUUUCACCAGGGGUUUUGAAAGGAAAACUGAAAGCCGGUGGACCCCUUUUCUCCUCUUAAACUCCAGUUCUUGUGGUCCUCUGGUUUUAUUUUUAUGUUUUUGUUGAUUUACUUUAUUUGUUUAGAGAGAGGAAGGGAGAGGGAUAGAAACAUCGAUGAGAGAGACAUCAUCCAUCGGCUGCCUCCUGCACG